AUUAUUAUCAUUUAUUUAUCAAAAUUCAAAAUAAAUGGUAAUAUAGUUAACAUACUAAAUUACAAACAUUUGACUUAGACUUGGACAUUUCUUUACCCGUUGUUAAAAUUGUAAUCUGCGUUUUCGAAAGUGAAUUAAUUUGGUUGUUUUUAUUUCGCUUAGAGUGCGCGUCUCAAUUUCUUCCGAAUUAAAUAAGUAUUAAAGUGCCGCGUCUCUUGUAAAAGUUUCGUCAUUUGCGCCUUGCAAAGCAAACAACCAUAAUUUAACACCAUGGCCACCCCAACUAGCGGCAAUGGCAAUUUGGUGGACGAAUUCGACGAAGCGUUCAUGUCACUUGUCGAAAUAAUAUCAAAAGAAGAAGAGACUUUCUCGCCGGUCGACAAAGAAGAAGUACGCGUAGACAUAGAUCAGUGUACCAUGAGAUUCAUCGACAUUGCUAGACAACUGGAGGCGUUUUUUCUGCAGAAACGGUUUCUCCUGUCGGCCCUAAAGCCCGAACUGAUCGUUAAAGAAGAUAUAUCCGAGUUGCGUUUAGAGUUGGCGCGUAAAGAUGAUCUCAUCCGGCGCCAUUAUGAUAAAAUCUCUAUUUGGCAAAAUUUGUUGGCUGAUUUACAACAGGUGGCCAAAUCGCCCGCCCAGAACACUAUGGGCCAGAGUCCCAUGCCAGCACCGAUGCCAUCUCCCUUGCCAAUCGGACCACCCCAACAACAACUAUCGCCUCAAGUACCUGGAGGUAUGGUUUCGCCACAACAGGCUAUGUUCCUACAACAGCAACAGCAACAGCAGCAACAACAACAACAACAGCAGCAGCAAAGGCCUGGUCCAGUUGCUGGUGGACCAAUGCCUGGUGCAUUGUUACAAGGACCAUUGGCAUAUUUGGAAAAGACCACCAGCAAUAUAGGAAUGGGUGAUGGGAGGAGGUGACGAGGUCGGGGACGAGGAAGAGGACGCGGUAGGGCCCAUCUUAGUCCCCCUUGACCACUGGCAAAGGCACAAAAUUGAUGCUUUUAAGCCAAACGAAUUGCUACAAAUAAUCCUACCAAUUAUUUUGUGAAAGUCACUUGUAAAUUACUGUAAAUUUUGUAACUAUGUUGCUUAUUGUUUAUAAACUGUAUAUAUGUUUUGACAUUGUAUAAUAUGCUUUAUAAAUUUAUAAUAUUGUUUUAUUUUUCAUUCUUAAAGCUGUAAAUACUCGCUUCACGAUGAUCUGUAAAUUUCCGAAUUAAUAAUAUAUUAUGUAAUUUAUUUGUGUUA